AUGCCUCCAGUAUCACAACAGCCAGUACCCGCCGACCCUCCACCAACAUACUCCGAAAUGGAGGAAUCUAAGGAUGACGCUCACUCUGGUGUGGUGCAUGACACCUUCGCAUUGAAGAUCAAGCUCCCGCAUGAGCCUUUUGAGACCGACAUCACCGUUGCCAAGCAAGAACAGGUCCAGGACCUCCGCCAAAUCAUUUCCGAACAACCAUACGCCGUGCAGUAUUCCUGUUUCCACCUCGAACAUGACGGAAAACGUAUCAACGACUUCAUCGAUCUCUCCGAAGUACCCGGCAUUGACAAUGGUUCCAUCGUCGAGCUCAAGGAGGACCCAUACACCGAGAAGGACGCACGACUACACACAUUGCGGGUCAAGGAGUUGAUAGGACUGGCUAGUGAGAAGUCGGAUCUGACUCAUGGCAUCCAAGCUGGCGUAUCACUCCUUGACAGCGUCAUGUCUGCUGGCAUGGAGAACUCCACUGCGAUACCAGCCAGUGAUGAGCAGUUCAAGGCCCAUUUGAAUGACACGGAACUUACCGGCUACGAUUUCUCCAGCCAGGGAGACGUCCAUGCCGUGCUCCGACCCGAGCAGACACCACAACCGCAGACAUUGAAAUCCUUGAUUCUCUCCCCGUGGAGCCCACCUCCGCACUACCUCCGCGCUCAAGGCCAUCUCCUCUACCUGCAACUCACGAUCAACGAGGGGGAAUCACUAUGCAUCACGUCCCACGUUUCCGGGUUUUACGUGAACAAGUCGACUGCCAACCGAUUCGACCCGUGCCCACGCGCGGCACCGAAAGAUUACCUUUCGCACUCCCUCCUGACCCUGCUCCUGAAGGUAUCGCCGUCUUUCAAAUCCACGUUCGACACCCUCCAGACCUCCAACGCGGACCGCGACCCCAUCUCCCUAUAUCCGUUGACGCACGCCCUCCCCGCCAACCCCUGGCUGGUCCCCGCGUCAGCCGCAUCGACCACGACAUACCAACCGGACAUCAGCCGCUCGCAAGAAGCCUACAUGGUCGGCGGCGCGGACGGCAGCGAAACGCUCCGCGACUGGAACGAGGAGUUCCAAUCCACGCGCGAGCUGCCGCGCGAGUCGGUCCAGGACCGCGUGUUCCGGGAGCGGUUGACCGCCAAGCUGUUUGCCGACUACAACGAGGCGGCCGUCAAAGGCGCCGUGCUGGUCGCGCGCGGGGAGCUGGCGCCGUUGAACCCGACCGAGCAGAAGGACGCGCAGAUCUUCGUGUGGAACAAUAUCUUCUAUUCGUUUGGUGCCGACGGGGUCGGAACGUUUGCGACCGAGGGUGGCGACGAGGCGGCCCGGGUGGUGGUCGGCAAGGACGUCACUGGGGUGCGUGCCGUGAAUCAGCUGGAUAUCAAUGGGCUUUUCACCGCCGGGACCGUCGUGGUAGACUACCUCGGGAAGCGGAUCGUAGGCCAAAGCAUUGUCCCAGGCAUCUUCAAGCAGCGUGAGCCGGAGGAGAACAACAUCGAUUAUGGUGGCGUCGAGGGCAAAGAUGUCGUUGCCAGGAACGAGGCAUUCGAGCCGCUGUUCCGCCAGCUGUCCAAGCAGAUGUUCGUCAAGGCGCACCCGGUAUGGGACAAGAAAGGCAAGCGGCACGAUCUAGAAGCUAGCAUCGAGACGAAAGGCGUCCUCGGGACGGACGGACGCAAGUACGUGUUGGAUCUGUACCGCAUCACGCCUCUGGAUAUGUGCUGGCUCGAACGCCAUUGGGAAGAGAACCAGUUGGAUGAGGACAGUACGCCCAAGCCGAAAGCGAAGGGCAAGAACUACCCCCACCGAGUCGCGGCUUUGAGAGCCGAAUUGGUGGAAUCCUACAUUAAACACAAGGUCCUUCCCGAGAAGAAGCCGGAGGUCCCCGCUGUGAAAGAAACGAAUGGUGCGGAAGCUGCUUCGGCGGAAACCAAGAAUGACGCCAAAGCGGAUCAGGAAUCCACCAAGUCAGAAAGCGACACACUCGAUGAAGAGAAACCGGCCGAAAACGAGGAGUCGGCAGAGAAAAAGGAGGAGGCCGAAGGCGAGGCGAAGGCGCAUGCUUCGGAGGAGAUGAUCUCGAAGCACUUUCUCAACCCCGAUGUCUUCAGCGGCCAGGAACCGCGAACUGAUGCGGAGAAGGAAGAGAUGGCGGAGGACGAAGCCCGACUGCGGGAGGCGUGCAAGUUCUUGGUCGACAACGUCAUCCCUCGCCUGGUCUCCGACUACAGCACCGUCGACGCCGGUUUCCCAAUGGACGGCCUCUCGCUAACCGCGCUCCUCCACCGCCGCGGCAUUAACAUGCGCUACCUCGGCCACGUCACGCGGCUGACCGGCGUCGCCAUGAAAGACGGCGCUCCGCGUCUCAUGGUCCUGUACCAGCUCUGCCGCCAGGAGAUGGUGACGCGCGCGUUCAAGCACGUCGCCGCGAAGAAGAUGCGGAACCUCCCCGCCGUGUUCGGGCCCGCGUGCAUGGCGCACCUGCUCAACUGCCUACUGGGCGCCGAGGUGAACGCCCAGCCCGUCCCCGAGGCGAAUGCGGAGGUUAAGAAGAUGUUCAGCGAUGCGGACUUCUCAUUCGAGGCGACCACGCCGGAAUCGCUGCUCACAGAGCUCGAGCAGGAGAUCGAGAUGCGCUUCAAGUAUAACUGGAGCGGACCAAUCAUCGCGAAGACGCCGUUCUCGCAGCUCCGAGAGAUUGCGCUGACGCUGGGUCUGCAGCUGGAAGCGAAGGAAUACAUUUUCAGGCGAGAGGGGAUGUCCAAGGAGGUUUGCGAGCCGUCGAGCGCUAGUACUGGUGGCAAGAAGAAGAAGAAGAACCAGGACAAUACUGCGGCAAGCUGCAUCGUGCCAGCAAAGGUGGUGCAGACGUUCCAUGCGGAGAACGUGUUGAACUUUGUGCCGGUCGUCAAGGAGGCAUCUCCAAGGUCUGCGCUCGCCGAGGAAGCCUUCGCAGGCGGCCAGAUGUCCCUUAGCACCGGGCAAAAGCAACUCGGUCUCGAGCUCAUCUACGAGUCCCUCUCCCUGUACGAGCAGAUCUACGGGAUCCUCCACCCGGAAUGCUCCCGCAUCUAUAUUAACCUGUCGAGUCUCCUGGGCAACAUCGGCGACAAGGACGCCGCGCUGGAGCUCUCCCGCAAAGCGGUCAUCAUUGCCGAACGCACCCUCGGCGUCGAUAGCGUCGAGACCCUGCAAGCGUAUCUCAACUACGCCAUCCACGAGCACAGCGCCGGCAACGGUGCCAAAGGCGUCCGCCUCAUCCUUCAUGCGCUCGAGCUCUGGAAGGUUAUCCACGGCCUCGACCACCCCGACGCCAUCACGGCCAUCACCAACCUCGCCGUCAUGGCCGGCAACCAGGAGCACUACCCGGCGUCGAUCGCAUGGCUACACCAGGCGCUCCACUUCUCCAGCCUCUACUUCACCGACCAAUCCAUCAGCAGUGCCGCGCUGACCUAUCAGCUCGCGCACAACCUCGCCCUCCAGGGCAACACGCACGCCGCCGUCAACAAGAUGCGCGACGCGCGCCACGUCUUUGAGAACGUCUGCGGGAAGGACGACACCCGCACCAAGGAGGCGCAGCACUACCUCGAGUUCUUCACCGCCAACGCCGUCAAGAGCGCGCGCGCCGUCAAGAUGCUACAAGGGGCCGGGCUCCGCUCCCUCCCGAUGCUGACUGCGCGGCAGCGCGGGGUGGGGGUCAACUCGGCGGCGGCAGGGCCCGGGGAAGCGGGGCCGUCGACGGAGGGGGUGGCGGGGUCAUCGUUGGGGAAUCGGACGAUCGAUGAGCUGGUGAAGUAUAUUGAGGGGGAUUCGAAGAAGACGGGGAAGAAGGGGGGGCGAGGGCGGGGGAAUCCGAAGGCGAGAGGGGGGAAGAGGUGA